AUGUAUCUGAAAGAGAUAAUAAUAAAUGGCUUUAAAAGCUACAUGGAUCAGACCGUCAUUGAGCAGCUCCAUCCGAAGCAUAAUGUCGUGGUAGGAAGAAACGGUUCCGGCAAGAGCAAUUUCUUCAGCGCAAUCGAGUUUGUACUGAGCGAUGAGUACAAUAACCUAAGACAAUCGGAACGCUCUGGGUUGAUCAACAAAGGCGCAUCGAAGUCGCGUACCGGGGUUGCAUUUGUGGAGAUAGUUCUGGGCGAAAAGGCAUCCAUUACUGCGAAAAAUAAAUCUUCCGGUUGUAGUGAAACCCGCAUACGUCGUACCAUUUCCGCUACCAAAGAUCAGUACACGCUGAAUGGUCACAAUGCAACGCGCAAAGAGGUGGUAGAGAUGCUCGAUUCACUCGGUUUGGCAUUCUCCAACCCGUACUACAUCGUGAAGCAGGGUAAAAUUAAUCAACUAGCAACAGCCUGUCCACCUCAGCUGCUGCAAGUCCUGUACGAGAUCGGCGGUAUACGGGUGUACGACGCGAAGCUGAAGGAAACCAUCAAGCUCAUGGAUGACGCUGACAAGUGUUUGAAGCAGAUACGCUUUGUACGCAACUCACUUGCCGAACGUCUGAAGCUGCUCUGCAAAGACAAGAAGUUACAGGAGCAGUUUGAGCAGCUUGACAAAAAGCAUCGCCUGCUGAGCUUUAAGGUGCUGGAGAAAAAGCAUCAAGUUGCGGUUGAUGCACUCAAAUCGCUCGAUCAGACGGAACAAUUGUGGAAGGAAGAACAGCACCAGCGCUUGUUGCAAAAAUCGGAAGCUAUGGAAAAAUGGAUCGCGAUGAAAAACAUCCGCCGUGAAAAUAAGAUACAGCUGGAAAACGUCCUGUACAAGCAAAAUAAUCUGAACGAAGAGCAUAUCGUUUUGCAGGAGCAAAAAGUUAAGCUUGAGCUGCAGUUGCAAGACAUCAAAGAGGAGCUCGCCAUGCAAAUCGUUGACCAGGAACGGGAGCGAACCGAGCUAAACCACCAGCGAGAAGAAAUUUCGAAUGUGCAGAAAACACUGGAAAAGGUUAAGGAUCGGUUAGCCGUAGUGCAAGAGCGAAAGGACACGCUGGAAGCUGAAAUCUCGAAGAAGAAAGAGAUGCGCAACGAAAUAUUUGAUAAACAGCGUCGCGGAAUACAAUUUGAGACCCGGGAAGAACGGAAUGAAUUUCUAAAGGAAGAGAUUGGAUACGUGUGCAAUCAGAUUCAGCUCCAAACGGAAGCAUUGAAUAGCAUGAAAAGUGAGCACAGUGAUCUGAUCAACAGUUUGGAGGUAGAAAAAAAUAAUUGGAUUGAACAUCAGACGGAUCUUGCAGCUUUGGCAACCAGAAAAAAAGGUUACAAACUGGAACUCGCCCAGAUCGGUACCCGGCUCGAGGAGACCAAAACUUUGCUGGAAACAUGCUUAGCCGGUGAGGAAAACACUUCACAAGAGAUAAAGCAUUGGCAUGAGCAAUCUGAAUAUCAUGAGCUAAAAUUUAGUAAGCAAAUGGGAUCAAGAAUUAUGUGCGGAUGGCGUUCGAUAGCUAAAGUGUUGGAUAUGCUGCGAAGCCAAUCUGGCGACAGUAGUCAUCCCACGCUCGAAGGGUACUACGGUCGAGUGUUUGAAGCGUUUCAGUGCGAUGAAGCAAUCUUUCGGGCAGUUGAAAUGGUAGCCGGCACGAAACUUUACUUUCACAUCGUGGAGUCGGAAGCGGUUGCGAAUGAAAUUAUCGCGCUGUGCAAUAAGCACAAUCUAAAAGGAGACUUGAAUUUCAUGCCUUUAAGCAGACUGAAAGGGGCACCUCCAGUGCACGUGGACGUUGCUAAGGAUAAAACGGUACAGCCACUAGUAUCGUUGAUAAAGUUUCCCAACCGCUUCGAGCUCGUUUUCCAACACAUCUUUGGCAACACAUUACUGUGCGAUGCGUUGGAACCGGCGGUCAAUGCUAACCGGAAGUAUGGACACACGUGUGUCACACGGGACGGUGAUAUGGUUGGCAGGGGCACACUGACAGGCGGUUAUCGUGCUUCCGAUACAUCGCACCUUCACAAAGCGUUGUAUUUCACCGAAGUGGGUAAAACAAUGGAAAAACUAAAAUCUACAUUAGAAGAAUUAUUAAAAUGUAAAGAGAAGGCGUACAAAAUCACCUCUGCAGAUGAGCUUCGAAGGGACAUUUUAGAAGCAAAGCUCGACAGGAUGGUGCAAACGAUGGAAAACAUUCAAGCCGCGCUGAAUCGAUCUCCAGCCCAGUGCCAAAAGCUGGAAGAAAAGCGUAGGGUGCUGGAACGGAAAAUCCGUAACCAGCAAACGAAGCUCGCUAUGCUCAUGGCAAAGGAGGAAAGUGUCAACCGUGAGCUGGAAACCGAAUUUGUCUGCGUGUUGUCCGAGGAGGAGAAAUGUUUAAUUUUGCAGCUUGAUGAAGAACUACGAUGCUUGGAGAAGCAACAUAAUGAAGCAUUUAAUGCCGAAUUGGAAGUGCAGCAGGAGAAGGUCAAGUUGGAGAACAUAUUGAAUGCGAAAUUGAUUCCGAAACGGGACGAGCUGAUUGUUUCGCUAACGGGUCGUAAUUGUAGUUCGCUUACAGAUAAAAAAACCACGUACGAACAGCAGCAAAAGAAGGUGUCCGAGAAAAUCGAGCUUCUUGUCGAUAAAAUUAGUAACGUUGAGCAUCUAGUACGCAAAUUGACCGAUAAAAACGGUGAGCUCUCGAAAGAGGUAGAUAAUUGGUCGCAAAAGCUAAAACUCGCCGAGGAAGCCAUUGCCACCAAGGAUCCCCGUGAGAUGUCACAUAAGGCCCGUAAACAACAGUUGGCUCAGGAAGUGGAACAGUACGCGAAGGAAAUCGAGGACUUUGGUGUUUUGCCUGCUCCGGAGGAAGCAUACGAAAAAAUGCCACUUUCUACGAUGAUACAGGAACUAGAGCGGACGAACAAGCAGUUGAAAAAUUGUGGCUGCGUUAACAAGGCGGCCAUCGAUGAGUAUGCACGGGUAGCGCAAUCGUUGAAUGCGAUGGACGAAAAAUUGAAAGUGUCCGAAGAUUCGCGCAAAUUGCACGCAUCCACCGUAUUGCAGCUGCGAACACAGCGUGUAAACUGUAUCGAACAUAUUUUCAACACCGUCAACAGGAACUUUGUGGACAUAUUUUCACGUUUUGUUCCGGCCGGAUGCGGCAAGCUAAUUCUGCAAACAACGGAUAAUAAUGGCAAUGACGAAACCAACUCGGACGAAACAGACGAUGAUGUUGGCGCACCGGAUCGUUACGUUGGUCUAACGGUGGAGGUUUCGUUCACAGCCAGUGAGGGAGUAAGGAGCGAACUGCACACGUUGUCCGGUGGCCAAAAAACGUUGGUCGCGAUAGCACUGAUCUUCGCAAUGCAACGGUACAAUCCUGCCCCGUUCUAUCUGUUCGAUGAGAUCGAUCAGGCGUUGGACAGCGAGCAUCGUAAGGUGGUUGCGAACGAAAUACAUGCGCUGAGUGAAAAUUCGCAGUUCAUAACGAUCACGUUUCGGCGAGAAUUGUUGGAUCACGCGGAUAAGUUUUACGGUGUGCGGUACCACAACACGUUGAGCAGCAUUGGGCCGGUGUCGAAGGAGCAGGCGUUUGAUUUUGUCGUCGAUGAUACGAUACGUCGAUAA